CAGUGUAAAUGCAUCUGUUCACAUCUCUAAAUAUUGUCAGAUUGAUUGUCAAAGUAAAUUUGACACGAGAUUUUGACGUUCAGAUGCUUUUUAGUUGGACAAUGGCCCAACUAGCGGAGGUCCAACUAAAAAGCAGUCCAGUUAAAAAGUGUCCAACCAGCGAAUCACGACUGUAUUUCAUGCAUUUUCCGUUGUGACAAUCACUCUGACAAUAUUUAGAGUUUUUGACAGUUUUCAGACGGAUCAGUUAUAGCGAAUCAAAUUCGUUAGUUGGACACCUAAACAAGACAAGACAACUAGUAAUACGAUAUUAUGGAGCUAAUUUGACGUCUUCGAAUUUGAAAUUUAUAUUUACAUUCGUCUAUUAGCAGGUUGAUAGAUAAAGCUUGUUGCGGACACAGUGAGAGUUGAUACAGGUUGAUAUACCAAGCUACGCUAGACGCACUCACAUCCACAUAAUAAUUUAAAGAACGUCUGUCUGUCGCGCAAGUGAAGAAAUCGAAACAUUGUUUGCUGGGCUUUAUCGAAAGAAAUAAUGGAACUGGACUAUGAUAAAAUCUAUUUGAAUAAGUUGCCCAUCACGGCGGCCACAGGCGACAGUGCCUGGAAUCAUUAUGCACUAGUAGAAAGCACUUGGGACGACAGAAAAAUUCUCUUAAAAAUCAUUGUUUUCAGUCCAAUUUACAAUACUCCGUUGAGUUUCUUGAGUGAAAUUAACCACGAAGUACUGCAGCAGACGGCGAUCCGACUGGAAAAAAGCUUGGAAGAGUUUCUUGCCGAAACAAAAACGGCACUAUGUACGGAUGGAGGCGCUUCUGGGUUCAGCUACUCUGUAGAGGAUAACAAUUUCGUCUGGAGAAAAAUUGGUGGUCCACUAACGGUAACCUAUGGGUCGGUGAUUCUACUACGUUCACCCUGUCUGUUGUCGGAUGUUCUCCAAAAUUCCAUUAACGUCCAGAGCCACCUUCGAGGUGUGAUUGAAUUGAGAAACCGAAUUCUGUUGGAAUUGAAGGAAGAGCAUGAGGAGUUGCUUGAGUUCCAACGUCAGCAGGAGGACGACAACCGUUUGUACGAAAUCGAAUUAAUAACGAAAUGUAUCAGCAUCCUAAAUGAGAAGAAAGAGGUGAUAAACCAUAUGAAAAAACAGCUAGCCGACGAUGAAGACGAAGAAAUUGGAGUCGAACGGCAAUCACAGCACCAGCGGCCGGACGAGAUCGGUGAUGAUUGUUUGGAGACUCGUCCGGGAGCCGGCGUGGGUACUGCAGCCGCCACGGCAUCCCACGAUGCAGAAUCCGUCGGCCGGAAGAGCUCUUCGAUAAUCGAUUUCAGCGACUCGGAUGCUUUCGAUAGUCCGCUGCACGAGCAGGAGGAGCUAGAACAUAAUCUUCCCAAACGAACGAAAUUCCAGCUGGUAGCUCCGAGAAGCUCAACUUCUACGUCCGCUUCGUCGUCGACGGUCACAGCUAGGAAUGCGGAGCCUGUCGGCGAUGGGGUUGACAUUUACAGCAAGGAUACGGAAGAACUGCUGCAGAAUAUGUAAGGCGUGGUAGAUGAUUGUCGAAGUUUUAACCUAAAUGUAUCUACAGAUCGUACAAGUUUUUGCUGAAACGAUUUUUUAUGUGCAAUUUGACGUACUAUAAUUUUAAUUUGUGGUAUUUUACUCGUAAAUGGAUAAACAUUAAAUUAUUAUGCGGAACGUGGCAAAUCUAGCCGAUUAUUUAUACUUCUGAAAUAGAUUUAAUUAUUAGGAGAUUAGGACUCGUUAAAAUUUCUAUUUUUAUGCGUGUAGUGUUUGUAGGGAAAGAGUCACUUUCACUAGCCAUCAAUCAUUCAUGUGUCAUACUAUCAUCCAACAAUGUGAAACGAAAAAACUAAAUAUAACGCGACUUUUUGA